CUGGAGAUAUUUUUUUCUCUGUUAAAAAACAAAUAUCAAGUCGACAUUGAUGAAUUAAAAAAAUCUGCAUAUUUGUUUUCUACUCUAGCUAGGUAUUUAAUAUUUUAGUGUGCUGUACCAAUUCAAAUAGACUUUCUCAAAAUUUAAUAAUAGUAAAAUGGCGGGGGCCCGCCACUCCAAACAUAUAUGUUUCCAGAAAUACCCCUAGGACAUUGUGUUGUUUUACAAGGUGUGCCAUCCAUCCCCUAUCUAUAAAUAGACGGGCUUCUCCUCCAGCUAGGUUUGCCAAACUGAAGAGCCUCCUCAUAGGCCGGCCGUUUACAAAAUCUUUUCUCCUCCUCAAAAUAAUAAUAUUAUUAUAAUAUUAUUCUUCCGUAAUUCCCCAUCUAUGGCUACAACUUCUAAAAGAUCGAGCAGUACACGUGUCUUAACCGUCGCGUCGUCUUCCAAUUCCGUCUCUCCCUUCACAUCUUCGCCGUCUUCCUCCUCCUCCUCGUUUGCUUCUUCCACUUCCUGCCACUCUUCGUCUCCCUCAGCUGGUUUCUUCACCCAACGUCGUUCCGUUUCGCCGUCGCGCGUCAACCUCUAUGCUCCUCCACCUCCCACGCGCUCCGUACGAUUCUCGAUUGCAGCGCCGCCGCCGCGCAGCCAGGUACUGCACAAGAGAACGUGUAUGUGUUCUCCUACUACUCAUCCAGGUUCGUUUCGAUGCGCCUUGCAUAAGAAUAGUUCUACUAGAAGAGGCUCAUCAGAUCAUUCGUUACCCUACUCCCCAAAUCGGUUGAACAUGAGGAGAUCUGCGAUGACGAAUUCUCUUGUGCGAAUCGGUACCGUUGAAGGGGAUUUGAUGAAGCGAGCAUUAGCGGCUCUGAUUCGUCCUUCGUCACAUCAGCAGCGCCGCCGCGCCGGCUUCCAGUCGCAACCCAGCCGACUUUCAGUCAUGUCCAAAGCCGAGGAUCUCUUGUGAAAAAUUCAGGGUUGGUUGUUUUGCUAUUGUCAGGAACAAGUUUCUCUUCCACUGAAAACAAGGAGCUCCGAUCUCUAUAAGAUGUUCUCCGGCGAGUUCUAAGACCUAAGCAAUAUCAUGAACCAGGGGAAACGAUAUUCUCUCCGUUGUACAUAAGAUUUGCAAAUUGAAACAAAUGUUAGACUUGCACCAAUUAUUAAUGAAAAGAAUCUAAAAACAUGAUAUAUGCACCAUAAUUGAGUUGGGUGAAACCUGAAAUGCAAAAUUGGUUAAAGUUUUGUUUGUUGUUUGAGUUGGUUUGGUGGUUUGUUAUUGUAAGCAUUUCAGUGAUUAAAUCAGCUUCAUUUUGUUGGUGCUUGCAGCGUUUUCGUCGUCAAGUUGGGUGAAGUUGUACGUCGUUUAUUGUGGAUUGAUAUUUCCGUUGGGCGUUACUGUUUGAUCAUGGAGGCGUGGAGUGGAAUUGGAAUAUGCAAAAAUGGAACAUUGACAUUUGGACUAUGAACUUUGAAAACUCAAUAAUAGAAUACACCCGAAAACCUCGGGUUUUGGGUGUGAAAUGGGGGUAAAGUGGAAAGAAGUGUGUGGAAUAUUAUGGAGCAAAAAAACAGAGGAAAAA